CUCUACGUCUAUAGGCUUAGCUCCCAUUCACAGACGCCCCAUUCCAACAGCAGUGCUCUGCUGAACAUCAGUGUCGGAUGUUGCAAAAGCCAAAGGCAUUAGGGAGGUGCACUGACUGUCGGCUGCAUGUGUCGCGUUACUGAGCCUGCCUAAUGAACGGCUGUCAAAGCCUUCGCAGCCUCCAUAGCCUCACAAGUUUGGGCAAAGCCCAUUUCAGUUUGCGAGAUGCGGACCGGCCACCAGCACGCCGGGCGCUUCAUCCGUCACUUUUAAAGAAGCCCAUUGGUACUCUGGCAUUGCCGCUGUUGAAAAGGUCAAAUUACCCUCCUGCAGUGAGUGCACUUGGCGCCCCAUCCGGAGGCUUUGUUCAAACGGUCAAUUGUCCAAGGACGAUGUCAGAUACUGGGACAUGGACCUGCGGCACCUGCACUUUCGACAAUCUCUCACAUACCCCGCGGUGUGCAGUGUGCGACUCAGAACGAGCGUCUGACAAUGUGGGGCAUAGUGGUCAGAGCAGCGGUGCGCAGCAUGUGGCAGAGUCUGGACAGAGCGAGUGGGGAUGCAGACAGUGUACGUUUAUGAAUCCUGAUGGAGCUGCAAGGUGCACAGUGUGCAACUACGCGAGAGAAAAGACGAGGGUGGUGGACAAGGGGCAAGAGUCAGAGGGGGAGAGAAAGCGGAAGCGGGAGACAACCGAAAUGAAUGGUGGCAGCCUGAGUUCUAAGGACGCCGGGGAAAGCGGAACAAAGGCUGGCGACGGGAAGCGCAGCGGACAUGGUGAUGGAAACAGGACGGUCAUUGAUUUGGAAGAUAACGAGAGCCCCCAGCGCAAGUCCAACCAGAAAGGAAACGAGGGAGGUGCUCAGUUGGAUGAGAUAGCAGGUGCUGGGGGAAGUGGACCGGGGCCCACUGGGGCGUCGCUUUUGCACCAGCUCCAUCGGGAGCGGCUAGCAAGGCUAGCGGCAAAACAGAAGGGCGGCGCAUCUGGGGAUGCUUCCACCUCGAAUCCUGGACCUAGUGGUGCCAAAACGGGGCACUUUUCGCAGAAAGAGAAGCUCGGAGGAAAUGCGGUGGGGGGAGGGGUAAGGGAGCGCGCCGGAAGCAGUACUUUCAGCCGGCCCGACCUGGAGCCAACACAAACAAGCGCGUCUACAAGAAACUUUGCCAGCACCUCGGGAGGGUCCGGCCCGGCCCCCUCCGCCAAAGCUUCCGGAUCAGCAGUGUCCUCUCAGAGUGCGGCUUCCUUCGACCCACUCGUCAUCUUGAGCUACAACGUGUGGUUCAACGAGUCGGUCCAGCUGCAGCAGAGAAUGGCAGCUGUAGGGGCUAUUAUUGAGGAGCACUCGCCGGACGUGAUCUUCUUCCAGGAGGUGACGCCGAACAUCUACUCGAUCUUCCGGCAGGCGCGGUGGUGGGCGCGGGGGCGCUACAAGUGCUCCCUGACGCCGGCAGAGAUCGAUCGUCAGUACUUCGCGAUGAUGGUGACACGGGUCCCUGUGAAGGCAUUCCGCCAUGAGCCGUUUCGCAACUCGGUGAUGGGCCGGGACCUGGUGACGGCCAAAGCGGAUAUGGGCGAUGACCUGGAGCUUACGCUGGCCACCACUCACCUCGAAAGCCCCACCGGCAGGGACCAGAUGUUCUCUGAGCCUCGAGUUGCCCAGGCGCGCACUGCCCUGAGUCGGCUGUCCCCUGAGCGGAACGUCAUCUUUGGCGGGGACAUGAACUGGAACGACCAGCGAGACGGCCCGGUGCCCCUACCCGACUGCUGGAUCGACCCCUGGCUCGAGCUGCACCGGGGACAGCCCGGCUAUACGUACGACAGCGUCCUGAACCAGAUGCUGUUGGGCACGCUCAAGGGCCGGCUGGACCGCUUCUUCUGCCGGCUGACCGACUUCAGCGUGCGCUCCAUCGAGAUGGUUGGCCGGGAGCCCCUCCCGGGCGUGACCUACGAGAAGCCGGGCUGGGGCCGCAACCCCAAGAGCAAAACGCUGCCCGUACUCCCGAGCGACCACUUUGGGCUGCUGCUGAAAGUCGCUAGAAAAGGGCGGUGACGGGAUGGGGCAACCGGCCCACGGCCAAACUGCGGGGGAGGAAGGAACGGCGAGAUUAAUCCGGGGGCCCCAUCCAAAGCGACUGAAACGGAGGGUGCCUACAGUGGCGCUAAAUGGGGCCAUGUAUAGGAGAAUAGCGUUCCAGUUUACCGCAUCAUGCAUCGAAGCGGGCUUCCGAAAACUUCUCUCAUCUAACUUAAUUACUUCAAUAUGCAGGAUCUGGCGGACAAUCUCUGGCAUUCGAGCUUCCUUCUUGUAAAACCUCUGGCCCAUUGGAGUUCGCUUUUUGUAGAACUGGAAACGCGUCGCUUGCUACCGCAUGUGUGACACUCUUCUUUGACAGCCUGGAUAAAGCAACCGUCAACUGCAAAGCAUAUGCA